AUGGUGGAUGUUGGGUCUUAUUAUGGUUAUGGAUUUGUCAGCUAUUGUCAAUCGCCGCAAGUGGUUAGUAAUAGAGGAGUUAGAGGUCCCAUGGACAGGUUUUUGAACAAUGUGGAUAAUAAGGAAGCAAACGAAAGACCUUCCCUUAGAAGGACAUCAAGAGAAAAAAAUGCCCGUUCUCGAGUAUGUCUCGACAUUGGUAGGUUCUUUUAUGAAAAUGCAUUUGCUUUCAAUAUUGCUAGGAGCCCCUCCUAUUUUAAUAUGUGUAGAUCAAUUGGCGACUAUGGUAGAGGUCUUGUACCCCCAAGUAUGCAUGAGCUUAGAACAUGGAUUUUGAAGGAGGAAGUGCUUACCACUGAAAAAUUUGUGGAGCAAAAAGAUGCAAAUCUAUUGUUUGAGAUGCUUGACGAGAUUGUUAAAGAAGUUGAGGAAGAUCUUGUUGUUCAAGUUGUGACUGACAAUACAAGUGCUUAUAAGGCUGCUGGAGCAAAACUAAUGGAGAAACGAAAACACUUAUUUUGGACUCCUUAUGCUGCUCAUUGCAUUGAUUUGAUUUUUGAGAAACUAGGAGAAUUACCACAACAUAAAAGGGCUUUGUUGAAAGCAAAAAAAAUUAGCAAUUAUGUGUACAAUCACCCUUGGGUGUUGUCAUUGAUGAGAAAGUUUACCAAAAGGGAUAUUGUCCGACCUGCUGCAACAAGAUUUGCUACUGCCUAUUUGACUUUGGAGUGCAUCUAUAGACUAAUGCAGCCUCUACAAUCUAUGUUUGUAUCGGAGGAAUGGAACAAUAGUUCAUAUGCAAAGAAACCGGAUGGAAAAGAAGUGAAAAAGAUAGUCAUGAAGGAUAAUCAGUUUUGGGUUAUUGUUGGGUAUGUUCUUAAGUCUACACAACCCAUAGUGAAGGUGUUGAGAGUUGUCGACUCUGAAAAGAUGCCCGCCAUGGGAUUUAUAUAUGGGGCUAUGGAAAAGGCAAAAGAGGAAAUUGCUAAAAACUUGGGAGGUGAAGAGAAAGACUACAAGGAGAUUUGGGAGAUCAUUGACGAAAAGUGA